AUGAAUCCUGAUUUACCUUAUCACGUGGAAUAUGCGAAAAGUUCGAGAGCUUCUUGUCAAUAUUGUAAGAAGUCUAUUGAAAAGGAUUCGUUGAGACUCGCCGUUAUUGUUCAGAGUCCUGUUCAUGAUGGAAAGAUAACAAGAUGGUAUCAUUCACAAUGUUUUUUUAUAAAACAAAGACCAAAAACUACUGCCGAUGUAGGAAAUUUUGAUAAUAUUCGUUGGGAGGAUCAGAAAGAAAUUCAAAAGAAAAUUGAGGAAACGAAGACUUUUCCAGUACCUUCGUCUGGAAGAGGAAAAAAGCGUGGUGGUACUAGUAGUAAAUCUGCAGGUCCACUAUGUAAUUUUUUAGUGCAAUAUGCAAAAUCUAGUAGAUCAAGUUGCAAGGCCUGUGAGGAAAAGAUAGUACAGGGUGAGGUCAGAAUAUCAAAGAAAGAUUUUGAAAGUGAAGAAGGCAGAAAAUAUGGUGGCAUAGAUAGAUGGCAUCAUCUUGAAUGCUUUGUUAAAAUAAGAGAAAACUUAGAAUUUUAUGAGAGUGGAAAUAUGAUACCUGGUAAUAAUGAACUUUCCAAAGAUGAUCAAAAGAAACUGAAGAGUGCUUUACCACAGAUUAAAACAGGUGAUGCUCCACUAAUUAAAAAAGUGAAAGAAGAACCAAAAGAUGCAGAGGAAGAGAAAGAAAUGAAAAAACAGAAUGAUGAAUUGUUUAAAAUUAGAGAUACAUUAUCUUCUGUGAAGAAAUCUGACCUCAUUGCUAUGUUGGAAGAAAAUGAACAACAAAUUCCAGAAGGUGUUUCAUCUGUAAUUGACCGUUUAUCGGAUGCGAUUUAUUUUGGAGCUUUAAAGCCUUGCCCAAAGUGUAGUGGACAGCUUGUGUAUAAUUCAGGCAUUGGAUACAAAUGUACUGGAGAUUUAACAGAAUGGACAAAAUGCGAAAAUGUCACACAAAAUCCUAACAGAAAAAAAUUCAUAAUAUCAUCAGAUAUGAAGGAAACAUAUACUGAUCUCAAAUCUUUAAAAUGUAAAGUUAGAAAACGACUUGUAAAGAUAUCCGUGCCAUCAACAUCUAGUAUAAUAAAAAAAGAGGAUGAAGUCGAUUCUGGAACCAAAGUUGCGGCAAAACCUAGGCCAUUAAAACAUAUGCAAUUCGUUAUUAUAGGACACAUAGGAAAAGAUAAAAAUACUUUAAAGAAAGAAAUUUUACACUUAGGAGGAGAAGUAAUUACAAAACUCCAUGAGAAUGUAGCUGCUGUUAUAUCCACACAACGUGAAAUAGAUAAAAUGAGUAAAAAAAUGGAAGAAGCUAAGAACCUUAAUAUUCAAGUUAUUACUGAAGACUUUAUUGAAGAAGCCAAAGAGUAUACAAAACCUGCUAUAUCACUUAUUAAAAAGAAAACUAUUUCAAGUUGGGGUGGCAACUUGUCUGAUAGAAUUAAUAUUCUCGCAGAAAAAUCUAAUGUCUCAAAAAGUAAAGGUAAAAGUAUAUAUGAAAAGUCAGGAUCUGGUAAAAUGAAAUUGCAACUAAAAAAAGGUGAAACUGUUGAUCCACUUAGUGGUUUACAAGAUUGUGCUCAUGUAUAUCAACAGGAUAAAAAUAAAUAUAGUGUUACAUUGAUAUUAUCGGACAUACAAACUAAGAAAAAUAGCUAUUAUAAGUUGCAGAUUUUAAAGCACGAUAAGAAAAAUGAAUAUUGGUUGUUUAGAAGCUGGGGUAGAAUAGGAACAACUAUUGGUGGUUCAAAAGUAGAACGCUUGUCUGUGGAAGAAUGUGUAGAACAGUUUGAGGCUUUAUACGAAGAAAAAAGCGGAAAUUGUUGGAGUCAAAGAGAAAAUUUUGUUAAAGUACCUCAUAAAAUGUAUCCAGUCGAUAUUGAUUAUGGAGACGAUGUACAGACAAAAAUGUUGGACUCUGAUAUUAAGAGUGAGUUAGAACUACCAAUUCAAGAUUUAAUGAAACUAAUUUUCGAUGAGACGAGUAUGAAGAAAGUGAUGAUUGAAUUUGAAAUUGAUAUAGAAAAAAUGCCUCUUGGAAAACUAUCUAAAAAACAAAUUCAAAAAGCAUAUUCAGUAUUAACAGAGUUACAAGAAGUAUUAAAGAAGAAAAAUUUUGAUUCAAUUCAAUUGGUUGAUGCAUCCAAUAGAUUUUACAAUUUAAUACCUCAUAAUUUCGGAGUAUCUGAACCUAAAAUUUUGAAUUCAAUGGAAGAAAUUCACGUUAAGUGCCAAAUGUUGGACGCGUUGCUUGAGAUGGAAAUUGCCUAUUCACUUUUACACACUAAGACAGAUGCAACAAAGAAUCCGCUUGAUGCUCAUUAUGAGCAGCUUAAAACUGAAAUUAAAAUAUUGGAUAAGGAAAGUGAGGAAUAUAAUGUCAUCAAACAAUAUGUACAAAAUACUCAUGGAAAGACUCAUACACUAUAUGAACUUGAAAUUGAAGAAAUAUUUGUUAUUAAAAGACAAGGGGAAGACACUAGAUAUAAGCCAUUUAGAAAACUGCCCAACAAAAAAUUAUUGUGGCAUGGUUCUAGAACGACUAACUUUGCUGGUAUACUUGCUCAAGGUUUGAGAAUAGCACCACCAGAAGCUCCCGUUACCGGUUAUAUGUUUGGUAAAGGUAUAUAUUUCGCAGACAUGGUUUCUAAAUCUGCGAAUUAUUGUUGUACAAACAGCGAAAAUCCUACGGGUUUGUUGUUGCUUUGCGAAGUGGCAUUAGGUAAUAUGUAUGAAAGAUAUCAUGCGGAUUAUAUUGAAAAAUUACCAAGUGGCAAACAUUCAACAUGGGGUCGUGGACAAACACAACCUGAUCCUGAAAGUGUUUAUAAAAUGAAAGACGGUAUUGAAGUUCCAUAUGGUGUGCCUGUAUCUGCUAAACUACCAAAAAAAUCUGAUUUAUUAUACAAUGAAUAUAUUGUAUAUGAUAUUGCUCAGGUAAAAGCACGGUAUUUAUUGAAAAUGAAUUUCAAAUAUAAGGAAUAAUAUUUUUUUAAAUAUUUAAACUAUUAAAAUAUAGAAAUAA